AUGUAUAUAGCCUCGGAACUGAAAUCAAUCCAUAAAGAUUGCGAUUCCGUUCACGCAUUCCCACCCGGACACUUCUACGACUCCAGCCGUUUUACUCGCUAUUACAAUCCCGACUGGCUUCAUGCUGACAUCGACGCGGGUCUUCUCAGCCGAACCCAGCCCGUCGAUCUCACUCUCAUCCGCACCACUCUCGAAGGUGCAGUUCGCAAACGACUGAUGAGCGAGGUACCCUUCGGUGUCCUGCUGAGUGGAGGGUUGGACAGCAGUCUCAUCGCAGCGAUCGCAACGCGAGAGAUCCAACGGAUCAACGAUGCCUAUGCCGUCCAAAUUGGCAAGGGCUCUCAGCCUCUCGCACUCGACAACCAAGCGAUAUCUUAUGGGCUCAACUUGGACGGAUCACUCGCUAGUAGCUUGCCGGGUGUCGAGGACGAACUGACCGUCGAUUCUGAGUCUAGCCUUGCAUCCUGGCCCCGAUUGCACUCCUUCUCGAUCGGUUUGAAAGACGCACCCGAUCUGAUCGCCGCUCGCCAGGCCGCCGACUUCCUACACACCCUCCAUCACGAGUUCACUUUUACCGUCCGGGAGGGUCUAGAUGCUAUCCCCGAUGUCAUCUAUCAAUUGGAAACGUACGACGUCACCACCGUCCGAGCAUCCACACUGAUGUAUCUCCUCUCCCGAAAGAUCAAGGCUACCGGUGUCAAGAUGGUCUUGUCCGGCGAAGGAUCCGACGAAAUCUUGGGCGGAUACCUGUAUUUCAGCCAAGCACCCGAUCAACUCAGCUUCUACCAAGAAACCAUCAAGCGGGUCAAGAACCUACACACUUCCGACUGUCUACGUGCCAAGCUUGGAGGCUCGCGUGCCGUUCUUGGACAAGGAAUUUCUUUCUCUUUGUUUGAACAUCAGACCAGAAGAUAA